AAUUCCUGCAAGGAAGCGAUUGGUAAAUUUCAAGUUUCAAAGAUCAACCUCUAUUUUACCCGACGGAACCCUAAUUUACAUCUGAAAGUCCUAAGAGGAUUAUCGAUGGCUACCGGAUUGAAGAAACAUUUAGGCAAUGCCAGAUCGGUCGUCGGAAACGCAAUGGGUGGUCUCCGUGGAGGAAGCAACCUAGCAUCUUGGGUGGUGGCCGGAACCUUAGCGUACUUUCUGUGGGUCAAGCCUUCCCAAGAGCUCAAGAGAGAACAACAAGAGCGAGCUGCGCUUGCGGCAGCGUCGGAUCGUUAUCGAUAUGUUGAGAAAGUAAAACCGAUUCCAGAUCUUCAGGAAACUGGGCUCAUUUAUGGGAACAAAAGUCGAAGUAAUACUCCUGAAAACUGAUUGAGAUGAUUCUGGGAGAGGGGUAAAGGUAAUUUUGUUACUUACUUCACAGUCGAAGGGUUUGAUGUAGUAUACAGUGAUUGUGAAACUUUUGGUGUUAUUAUGUUAAGAAAUAUAUGAGAGAAAGAGUUAUAGUUAUUCUAUAUUUGCAGAGAGCUUGUGCAUUGUAAUAAUGUCUCCAUGUAAUCUCUUAUGAGGAGGACACAAAUUGAC